AUGUCGACCAGCUGUAAGUCAAAGAGUCAUGGCACGAGGAGGGCCAAGAACCGAUCUCCUCACAAAGGUGUCAAAAGGAGCAGCAACAAAAAAAAAUGCCGGAAGGUCAGCCUAAAAUGUAGGAAACAUGGUGAUGAUGCCACAGAGCCUUGCCCCGGUGAACUUCGACCACCAUGGGGCAGCAACAAGAUGACGAGGGAGACGGCCAAGGAGACCUCACGUUAG